AUGAGAAAACGCAUGAAUCAGAGGUUCAAAGACUACAGGGUCGGGAAAUUUCACAAGCCAGGCGUCUCGAGUAUUGCUUUUGUCCAACCGGCCGGCCCUUUCGAAGGAUACCCGGCCCAGGUGCUCGAAAAAGUCAAAAGGAGGGCGCGUCACGGACUGUAUUUUCGCAAGGGGCCAGUUUACCUCAACCCUCUCAAGAGAAACUCGCCGGGAACCAGGGACAGACUUAAUCACGCCAAGGACCUCCUCAACAGGAAGGCCCUGGAUUUAUGGACAUCCGGGCUGAGAUAUAAAAGGACCCUGGGCAUUGGCGGCCAGGGCCUGGCGGCCUUGUUCCAGGUGCGGAACGCUCGGGGCAAGACGAUGGACAUUGUUGCAAAGUUGGUAUUCUCCAGAGCUCCCCAUGUCGUUCAGUUGUUCGACUGGGAAGGUUUCUUCGGCGGAGGACAGACUCCUCCAGCUCCUGGUCCUCAGCCGGGUACUGCUGGAGCUCCACUGAACCCUGCUGCUCCCCAGCCGAGCACUGGACAGACAAGUCCCGAGGCUCCAACAGCCCCAGCCCCGGACGACAUGGACCUCACUAGGACGAGCCCUGAGGUUCUGGUAACAGAAUUCGGACGAUUCAAAGAUCUCGAUCAGAUGCUGGAGAUGGCCGGUUGGAUGGACAAAAAGUUUCCUGACAGAGCGCUAUGGGGAAUCUUUAGGUGCUUGGUCAUGGGGCUCAUUGCCCUCGACUACCCUCCGCGCCACCAGCCAUUGCCGAAGACCCACGACUCACGGGGUCCCCCUCUGAAGGAAGAGAUUCCCAGCCCUGUGUCUAACCUCGUGUCCACCGUCCAUUUUGACUUGGAUCCCAAUAACAUCAUCGUCUUCGAUUUCGACCAGGGCGAACACAGUCACAUGCCCGUCCUCAAGAUUGGGGACCUGGGCCUCGCGGUAGCCGUUGCGGGCCAGAACUUUCCAACCACGAAUCGCUGGGCCCUGAGAUGGCGAGGCAAGACAGGCUGGUUUACUCCCGAGCAAUUCACCAGCGAAUGGGAGAGAUUUGUCAACCCCGUCAGGGAAGCCAAGACGAGGGAGGACCGCGUUGCCGGCCAUUAUAUGGGUGGCGCGAUGAACACAUGGCAAGCCGGAAUGAUCAUAUGGACCUGCAUCACCAGGUGCCACCCCGAGGAACCCCCCGUCCCGGAAGAGGUCGAGAUCCAGCUGCCGGGGGGAGGAACCGCCGGGCCGACCAAGUUCCUGACCUACGGGGCCUACAUCCUCGACGCCGAGUUCUGGUGGUGCGAUGAGGAGCUCCGGCACACCGUCGUCUGGUGCCUGGCCCACCACCCCGAGGACCGCCCGGGCCUCGCCACCCUCCUCCGGCUCGUCGACCGCAAGGGCGGGCCCCAGCUCGUCGACCCGGGCCACGUCCCGGGCAUGACCGACGAGCAGCUGAGGGCCUGGGUGCAGAGGCUGCUCCGCGAGCCGGCCCCGAAGCCGCUGCCAAAGUACGACCCCGUCGGGCCGGCAUACCAGAUCGACCCCUAUAACGACUAA